AUGCUUUCAUCUGCGAGCAAAUUUUCAAAAGAUCCAUCGCUUUUCGAUAUCAGAAUUAAAAACGCCGUUAACGAUGUACUUAUUAUAAAAGGUACACCUGCAGAAGCACCGUCAAUCCUUCUCUCUGGUUCCAUAGUUAUAUCUGUAUUGGAACCAUUACAUAUCAAAAAUUUAAAGUUAAAACUAUAUGGUAGAUUAAGACUAAAUAUUCCAUUGAGUUCUGCCAAGGGUACACCAGUGAAAUACAAUGGAUGGGAAAAACGAUUCUAUCAAUAUUCCUGGGACCAAUUUGAUAUCCAUGAGUACUGUACCACUACAUUAAAUGGUAGAAGAUCAAUUGCAAGUAGAUCUUCGGGAAACAUUGCUGGAAUGCGUAAAAGAGCUCAAUCGUCAGCAUCUUUAAGUUCAUUGAGUAGUAGUACGAGUAUUACUAGUAAUUCUUCUCGUACGCUAAUGACAGGCAAUUAUGAGAUCCCAUUUAGUGCAAUCUUACCGGGGUCAACUACGGAGAGUGUAGAAGGUUUGGAUAAUGCAUCAGUUACUUAUAAAUUAGAAGCAGUUAUUGAACGCCCCAGAUCAGCCGAUUUAAUCUGUAAAAAACAUUUAAGAAUUGUAAGGACUAUGUCUCCUGAUUCUUUAGAGAUCUCAGAAACCAUAUCUGUUGAUAAUUCAUGGCCUGGCAAAGUCGACUAUUCCAUCUCUAUUCCGACAAAGGCAAUUGCUAUUGGAUCUUCCACGCCUAUAAAUAUCAUGUUAAUACCACUUUUGAAGGGAUUAAAACUAGGAUCUGUUAAAAUUUACCUGGUGGAAAAUUCUCAGUAUUGUGGAGCUUACGGGGGAGUUAUUCCACAAGAACGGGUAGUUUCUAAAUUAAAAUUAAAAGAUCCUCUAAUGCAUGAAUCUUAUAUGAAGCAACAUGGCGUAUCAGAUGAAAAACAGGAUGAUAAUGACACUGCAUAUCAAGAUCGAUGGGAUAUUUCAACUACGUUACAAGUCCCCACCUCCUUAACGAAAUGUACCCAAGAUUGUAAUAUAUUAUCAAAUAUUAAAGUUCGUCAUAAACUACGAUGCGUUCUUUCUUUGACUAAUCCAGAUGGUCAUGUUUCUGAGCUUCGGGCUUCAUUACCCAUAAAAUUAUUCAUAUCACCAUUCGUUUCAUUGAAAGUUAAAUCGCCUGAAACAUUGGAUAAAGAAAUAGGUCCAUUCAUUGCAAGGAGUCCAUAUUCUUCUUUGAAUAAUUCAAGUUCUCCCGAUUUAAAUAAUCCUGCUGAUGAAGAAGAAGAUGUGAUUUUUUCCAGAGUAUCGUCUGAAGUUAAUGUAUCAGCUCCUAAUAACGAUGUGAGAACCAACAUCAACGGUCGCUCGACAACUUCAACGCCAAUGUCCGCCUUUGAUGCUGCAAAUGGAUUGAUGGCACCACCAAAUUACGGGAACCAUAUAUUCGACAAAUUGUGGGGUGAAGUUCCAAAUACCGAUAAUCCUUCGACUUGUGGAACAGUAACUCCCAUGGAAAGCGGAAGGCUUAAUACGCAGGUACCAUUGAACCAAAACAACAACGAUAUGUCAAAUAAUAAUCCCCAAAACCAACAACUAUUAGGAGAAUAUAAUAUGCCAAGCAUCAACAUUUUACAACCACAACCGCAACUACUAAGUAGCAGCAGAAGCCCGUCAAGUUUCAGUUCUCCAAGAUUUGCAACACCGGAAGCUUUCAUUAUACGAAGUCCUACGUUGACCCCGGGGUUUUCUCAGCAAUCCAGAACAAGUUCAUUUAGCAGACAAGCCUCCUCAUCCUCGUUGGCAAAUGAUUGGGAAUUGGUGUCGUUGAGCAGGGUACCCUCAUAUCAUAAGGCGAUGAAAAGUGAUAUACCGGAAGAUGAUUUACCACCGACAUAUCCACCAAGUAAGACGAAGAAUUCUGGCAAGUCAAUAAAAAGACCAGCAAAUACUCACUAUAGAUCUAAUUCCUCCUUGUUAGCUGUUCCAGAGACUUCAAAUCGACCUAGAUCGUUGUCAAAUAGAAGUUUGAACGGAUCCUCGAAUUCAUUGAGAGCGUUAUCAAAGGCAAAUACAGAUAUAUAUAGGCAUACGAGACAAAUUUCAAAUUCUUCAUUAUCAUCAAUCAAAAAUAGAACUGUAAGUCAACAGUUUUCACUUAAUAUGACACCGGUUUCUAAUCGUAAUUCCUCUUCCACAAGCAUUCAACAGAUGCAACGGAAUUCCUCAUCAACAAGAAAUUUAUCAGCAUCUCAAAGGUCAAACUCCUUUGCGAGUUUCAUUGACUUAUUUUCAAGAAAAGAUAAAAAUUAA